ACAACUUACACACGCCCCCACUUUUGGCAUUGCCUACAUGGCGAGCGCGUACGGCGCGACGUCUCCCACAUCCAAGCGCACAAACAGCGGCAUCAGCACGAACAAUGGCUCUCCGAGCAACGCGCGCACAAAACUCCUCCUGCUUGGUCAAAGACGAAGUGGCAAAACGUCCAUCAAGGAAGUGUUGUUCAAUGGGUUAGGCCCCAAACAGACAUUCUACCUCGAGUCAACGAUGCGGAUCGUCAAGCACCCGUACGACACUGUGAUUCCGCUGGAGAUCUGGGAUUGCCCUGGGAAUGCGACGGUGGAGAGUCUGGGCGCACCUUUGUCGCAGUUCAGCGCACUGGUGUUCGUCAUUGAUAUCCGAGAUUUGUACAAGCAACCGAUCAGCAAGUUGGUCGAGUUCAUCGUCGCCGCGUCGCAUGACAAUCCUCAAUUAUUGAUCGAAAUCUUUGUCCACAAGGCGGAGCGAUUGCAGGACGACGACAAAAUUGAAAGCUUCCGACAAAUCCAGGAACGCGUGCAAGAUAAUCUCAUGGAGCGCGAUUGUGAACAAGUUCUCUACAAUUUCUACCUGACCUCCAUCUACGAUCAUUCGUUGAACGAGGCCUUCUCCAAGGUUCUGCACAAGCUGAUAUAUCCGACGCAGCUGGAAGUACUCGAACGUCUCCUCAACUCGUACUGUGCGAACUGCUCGCUACCAAAAGCUUUCCUCUUCGAUGUCGCGUCACGGUUGUAUGUCGCCACGGACGCUUCGCCAGUUGACACAGCAACACACAACCUGUGCUGCGAUUACAUACAGAUGCUUUCCUCCUUCCGUCCACUCUACCGCACACCGUCUUCUACGGCCGAACGAACACAGACAGGAACCGCGGAUCCGGAAUCAUCAGCAGAUGCGCCACCUCGCUUUUAUCCUAGUGCCGCUGUGUCGCUGUCAUCCUCGAGCCCUGGCACAACACUGACGUACCAUCUCAUGACACCGCAUCUGGCUUUGCUCUCUUUGGUCCCCACUGGUGUCUACGAGGGCCGUCGCGGUCUGUUCGAGUACAACGUCGUGUUUGUCAGGGAGGGUGUCCAGGAAAUCUGCGAGGCUUGACGCGGAAGACCGGAUAGAUAGACUAUCGAACGCAUCCUCCGCGAUGUUAACUUAUAGUAUAACGUGUAUCCUAUUCACGAGUAAUGACUGCGGCUACUUCUAGCUCUUCCAAUGCAGUUGCCCCCAACGUUAGACAUUGGACAAUCCGGUCAAGAAUUGAAGUGUCCACAUUUAGCUUGA